AUGGAUCAGAAUGUAGCCGCAGCGGCGUGCAGCACCUCACCGAUUCCGAGGCUUUCAAGGUUGGCGACCGAUCGAAUUGCAGAGCUCAUUGAAAAUGAUUCUCUGCCAGAGUUCGAUCACCAACUGGUAGCCUCGUGCAGUAACGACAUCUUCGAGGUUCUCCGCCGGAAGAAGAGGCUCAAUCAUCGAACACUUCAGACGAUGUGCAGCAGUUCGAAUUUCCAAAUCAAUAAAAUUGAUUUGAUGGGAAACAAGGUGGAACUGGAAGACCUGGAACUUUGCUCAAAUCAAAACCUUGUCUCGUUCCGCCUUGGCGACAUUGAUUACUUCCCAAACACAAACAAGAUUCAAGUGGCAGAUGUACUCGAUUUGGCACUCAACAAAACUUCACGCCAACAACUUCGACAUCUCGAUCUCAGUGGAAAACUCAGAAUCACCUCCAACUGGCCGUUGUACGUGGCGAAGAAGCUUCCGCAGCUGGAGAGUCUUGCAUUCGCGAAUAGAAGCACUGCGAACGACACAUUGGCUCUAAUUGGUACGAAUCUGAAGAGUCUUCGCUUCCUGGACAUUUCAAGCACGUGCGUUACCGAUAUCUCGUGCAUUGCGAGCCUCAAACAACUCGAAGUUCUCAUUAUGUAUAACUUGAAUAUUCUGAAAGGAGACGUGACGGAGACGCUUUCGAAUUUAACAAAGCUACGAGUACUGGAUAUUUCAAGGAAAGUGAACACAGACUUCUUGCAAGAAACAUCACAAGAUGCUCAUCUCGAUUUGGCACUUGGAAUCUACAAUCGAUCAGUCGAAGCCAUUGAAAGCGGAACAUCAACACCAUGGGCAGAAUUGAGAGCCAUUGACAUGUCUGGGUUGAGUAUCGUUCAGUUUGGAACCGAUAGGGCGUUGGCUUUCGUUGAGAAGAUUGUCGAAGCUCAUCCGAAAUUGGAGCAGAUCAGUUUGCUUGCGACCCCACUCGACUCAUCCCUCAUCGAAAUUCCAAAUCGAAACCUUCAAGUGAUCAAUACGGUGUCCCGGAAGUCUAUUCUCCACGCAUUGGAAUAUUACGCAAGCCUCGAUAGACCAGCAUUCAUCACCCACACACUUCACUCUGUCUACUAUCAAUUGCAAUCUGGAUAUGACAAGUUUUCGCAAGAAGAGCUAAAAGAAUGUCUCCGUCUCGUUUGUAUUUCAAUGCAACAAGGUCUUGCCACGUUGCCUGUUCAAAUCGCUGGAAGCGCGUGUCUCUAUCAUCUUUGCAAAAUGAAACGGAUCAAGAGAUUAUCAGUGAAGGAGGUCAUCAAUUGUAUCGAGAGAUCACUUGACGCCGCUGAGCAAUAUCGAACAAUGACUCAACUUCAGAAGAACGUGUGGCUCACCAUCUGCAAUGACUAUCUUCUCCAUUUGGAAGGAAUCGAUUUCUACCGUACUUGUAAAGUGGCUCUCGAUACGAUGCUGUUGAACAGAGAUGCUAGUGUUGAGAGAAUGACGAUAGCUAUUGUGUCAAUUGUCACACCGAAAAUGAGACCAUCGGAAGCCAAGACAUUGACGACAGACACCAAAUAUGUCUCGCAUCUUGUCAAAAUCAUGAGAGAUUACUUAGAAGCGUACACACGAGACUACCGACAGGGACAUGAACGAGACAACGACAAUGCUCUCUACACGUUGAAGUUCACUUUGAGCGCUCUUUGGAAUCUUACUGACGAAUGUGCGGAGACUUGCAAAGCAUUCCUGGAGGCCGAUGGUAUCGAAACCGCAUUCAAGAUCCUCAAAGCAUUCGAUUACCACGGAAAUGUACAAACGAAGGUUCUCGGUAUUCUGAACAAUUUGUCUGAAGUCGAAGAGCUCCAUAUGGGUCAAUUGUGCAAGUACGAGUAUAUUUCUGUUCUCAUCUCAUGCCUCGACGGUUUGUUCAAUGAAGUCGAUUCGAAAGGACGAUACCGCGAAGUGGAACGAUCGUACUUCGCCGCCGGAAUUCUCGCCAAUCUUCUGACAAACGGAAACGGAUGGGAAUGCGAAAAGCAAAGAGAGGAUGCAUGUGAGAAGCUACUGGAGCUCAUCGAACAAUACCCGUCUCUUCCUUCGGCCAUGGUCUCCUACAAAUCAUUCAUCCCAUUCCGACGAAUUGUUCAAGAGUCCAAAUCGAAUGGAGCGAUCAUGUGGUGUCUGUGGGGAGUCCAUCACGUCUUACAGCAUCGAGAGAAGAACAAUGCUCCAACGUACGAGAAAGGAUACAUCGACAUGUACAUGGACUCUGGACUCGCCCCAAUCGUUGAAGAAAUGGCACGUGGCAAUUCUCGACACAUUCACAACAUCGACAUACGCGUCGUCCACCUUGCCAGAGACAUCGUCGAAAUCAUCUCAUCGGAUUCUGUGUCGAGUUCAACCCCCUCCCCUGCUUCCAGCCCAAUCACCCUUGCCUCCCGACAUUAA